UUGAACAGGUGUUGUUAUUUUCAUUUUUAGGGGUCAAUCAAGAUGGCGGACAAAAGUGGGUCGUCCUCGGCCCAAGUGAAAAUUGGACAUUACAUAUUGGGCGAAACACUUGGUGUUGGCACUUUUGGGAAAGUCAAAAUUGCAACACAUCAAUUAACUGGUCAUAAAGUUGCUGUGAAAAUCCUUAACAGACAAAAAAUAAAAAAUCUCGAUGUUGUUGGAAAAAUUCGGAGGGAAAUUCAGAAUCUCAAGCUGUUUCGGCAUCCACACAUUAUUAAAUUAUAUCAAGUAAUCUCAACACCAACUGAUAUCUUCAUGGUGAUGGAACAUGUGGCAGGUGGUGAACUGUUUGAUUACAUUGUUAAACAUGGAAGGCUCAAGGAACCAGAAGCGAGACGAUUCUUCCAGCAAAUUAUUUCUGGAGUUGAUUACUGCCACAGGCACAUGGUAGUCCACAGAGAUCUCAAGCCAGAAAAUCUUUUAUUAGAUUCCAACACCAAUGUCAAAAUAGCAGAUUUUGGCUUGUCGAACAUGAUGACUGAUGGUGAAUUUCUACGCACAAGUUGUGGUUCUCCAAAUUAUGCCGCUCCUGAGGUCAUCUCUGGAAAAUUAUAUGCUGGUCCUGAAGUUGAUAUUUGGAGUUGUGGUGUCAUACUGUAUGCUUUACUCUGUGGCACGCUGCCGUUCGAUGAUGAGCAUGUUCCAACAUUAUUUAGAAAAAUCAAAUCUGGUAUUUUCGCCAUUCCUGAUUAUCUGAACAAGGACGUUGUCAGCCUGCUGUGUCACAUGUUGCAAGUAGAUCCUGUCAAGCGAGCCUCCAUCAAGGACAUAAGAGAAACAGAGUGGUUCAAGAAAGACUUACCUGAGUACCUGUUCCCUUCAUCAGCAGAUCAGGAUGCUUCCAUUGUCAAUACAGAGAUUGUCAGGGAAAUUUGUGAGAAAUUCAACGUUGAUGAAACAGAAGUGCACAGGGCUCUAUUGAAUGACAACCCCCAUGAUCAGCUCUACAUUGCUUAUCAUCUUAUCCUGGACAACCAGCUGAUGCAUGAGAGAGUGUCAAGUGAAUACCAGGACUUUUAUCUAGCAUCAAGUCCACCACCAGAAUCAUUCAACAUGGCGUCUAGUCCCUUAAGGCCACACCCAGAAAGAAUGCCAGAGAUGAAAAAUACUUCACAUACCUUGGACCCAGUUAUUGACAACAAGAACAGCGGCCAUGCUAAGAAAGCGAAGUGGCAUUUAGGUAUCAGAUCCCAAAGCAAACCCCAGGAUAUUAUGCAUGAAGUCUACAGAGCUAUGAAAACACUUGAUUAUGAAUGGAAGAUCAUUAACCAGUGGCAUGUGCGAGUCAGGAGAAAGAACCCAAUUACUUUGAAAUAUACUCGCCUAAGCCUGCAGCUGUAUCAAGUGGAUCAAAAAAGUUACCUGCUGGACUUUAAGAGCUUGAACAACUGCAGCGACCCGCAGGAGAUGAGUCCACCUGCCUUCUCCACCAGCCCUUGCAGCUCAGCCUCCAUGCUGUCCAUUGAUGACCGCAUGGACACAGAUGAGGAGAAUGGGGGUCAGGUACACCAGACACUAGAGUUUUUUGAGAUGUGUGCCAGCCUCAUCUGUGCCCUGGCACGAUAGAGUGCCCUGAUGUGAUGCAGAUGUGUUUAACUUUUUGUGCAGUGUGGCUUUAGGGAGAUGUAUCUUUACAACUUGGCAGAGUAUGGCAAGCAGAAAACUAAUACACUUUAACUUUAAAGCUUUAAAGACUAUUUUCUCCCAAUGUCUUAAGUUUUUUUACCUGAAGAAUUUUUUUUUUAUAUACAACUGUCAAUAGCAUCAAAAGAAUUUUCAAGUUUUUGUAAGUUUUUUUUUAGAUAGUUUAGUUUGAUAUUCAUAAUUUUGGGGUAGUUAUAAUAAAAAAAAAUGAUUGUAUACUCUGAAUUUUAUUUUCAUAUAUUAGUGUUAUUGAAAUGAAAUUGUAUUAUGUAAGAUGAUACCCAUUUGUUGAUGAAAAGCUAGUUGUUUUUCUUUUUUGCUUAUGUGUGAGUCAUUUUUUUUAGUGAAAUUGAUUUGACUGUCAUUUUGUUCCUUAAAAGCAUAUUAUUUGUUAAUGUCAAUUUCAUGAAAUAUAUCAUAUAAAAUUUAUUACUUAAAGUGUGCCAGAGUUCAUAGUGUGUGUGGUUCAUACUUUUGGCUGUGCGUUUGUGGAUCAAAUUAUUUUUGGUUUUGCAUAAAAAAAAAUUUUUGGUGAGAUUUGUUUAUUUGUACCUGUGUAUUUUGAAGACAACUAAUAUUAAUGUCUAGAACAGUUUACUAGAAGCUUAUCUAACACUUGGCCAGUUCAGCAUUGUUUACUAUAUACAAUAGAACUGAAACUAAAAUAGAUUUAAAAUCUUUUUUUUUCUUUUAGUUCAUUUGUCACUUCUGUCCCUUUCCUGCUGUUUAUUCAGCUGUCAAUGUUAAUGCAUUUAAUACUUAUCAUAGUUAAGUGUUUUUUUUUUCUUUUUAAACUUUAUUGAUUAGCAUCAUGUGGUUGUUGAUGUUGAUAUUGCCCAUACAAAUAAACUAUCUAGAAAUACAAAUAAUAAGGCUUGUCUUCGCGUCCGAAGAUUAAUGAGGAAUGCAGUAUUUACCAUAGCUACGCAGCCACAGCUGCAACCUACAUACUUUGCCACAUAACCAUUGUCCGCCAGUGCUUAUUUAGAUUUUCUAGCAAUAUAUGCUCUUCUAAUCCGUCUCUGUUGUAGAUGAUAUAUGCUGGUUAGAGAAAUCUUACUAACUUCAACCUGUAUUAAAUUACUAGGAAUAGUGGUUUAUUGUAGAAAAGUAAAAGAUUAAUUUCUACUUUUUUUGUCAUUACAAAAAUGUUUUAUUAGCCCCUUGGAAAAGGAAAGAAUUUCAAGUUUUUUCUCAUUUUGCUGAAUUAGUACUGUUGAUACAUCACAUACUCAUGUUGAGUAGUCUUUAAUUGUAACUUAAUAUAGUCCACUCUGUCUUUUCAGUAAUUGUUACUUGAAGAAUUGCAAAGCUUUAUACAUAAUGUAAAUAGAAUUCAUAACUGUGUAUGUAGGUCAUGGUUUGUCUGUUUUUUUUUCAAUUGUGAUAUUUUUUUCUGUUGACUUCAUCUACAAUUUCUAUUUCUGUUGCUCAUUCAAUGAAGUCACAACAUUGUCAAAACCUAGCAAGUGAUUGCAAUAUAUUGUAGAAACAUGUAUUUUCUUCUUUAAAAAAAAACCAACAUGGAUGUCAAUGUUAGCAGUAGGUCUAAUGGAAUGUAAAAUGUACACAUCAUGCAAUUGUAUGAAACGAAAUUGACCAUUGACUUGUGUAUGUGUGCUAUGACCUUGCUCAGUAGAGUUGUUGCUAAUUGGUGAUGUCAUAUUUCUUGUACUUUUUCUUAUCUAACAAUAAAGACUCAAUAAUUCAAGAUA